UUUUGCCUCUGAUCGGACGCUGAAACUCGUAAAUUGUGUGUCAUUGAAAUAUCAGACUUAAGAUAAAUAUUACAAAAUUAACCAAACCAAGAGAAAUUUCUUAGUUAACAUUCUAUAUCAAUAAAAUGAAAAAAGAAUCUUUGACAAAGUUUCUUCCGUUGGGUUUUUUUUUUCAAUUCAAAGUCGGUCGAUUGAUAAGGGGGUGCUGUCACUAACUUUCAAGUUUUCUAUUUUGUUCGUUUUUAAUUAGGACCUCACAUUAGUACCCCAUACGACGAUAAGCGAUCAUAUCGUUCUUAAAAUGCUGAAUCUUUGCAGCGCAAACGGGAAUGUAACCUCAACUGAGAUAUUUUUGGUUAUUUUUUUCAUACAUGUUGCUAUUAGUCUUUACCAACGAUGUCGUAUUUUUUCCUCAAUUCUUAUCACAUUAACGGGCGCGUAAUUUGACAGGGGCGCAGGUAAUUACAAACGAUUUCCUCUGAAGUAUUUCAUAAACCAGCAUGCCUACAGAUUAAUUAGAUUAAAAUGAAUCAUGAAUUGUAUCAUUUCCCCAUAAAGUGCGCACAAUAUUUAAUAAUGUUGCGAGGGGGUAUAUACGGAUUACUCAUUUGGGAAGGUGAAAAUCAUUGAAAGGGAGCGCGGGUUAAAAUUCACUGUAAAGUCAAAGCUGAACAAAACAAAGUCACUCGCGUACUAUUGCCCGGGAAAAACCCAAACUGGAAAUAAUGCAACCGUAUAGAAACGUGACUUCGAAUCACAUUAUGCCCAUUUAUUGGUCUGACUGCCAGCAGUGUUCUUGUGAAAAUUGUAUCUCUCGUGAUACGAAUCGGAACGAGUUGUCCCCUCAAGUUCCUGAUGAGGAGGUUCGAAGGCCCUCGUUCACAAUCGAAUCAUUGCUAAGCCGAAAGGACGAACGAAAGACUACGGAUGUCAAGCCAUGCUUAGGGCGAGCUUCCAUGGCUUUGGUUUCAAGUGGCAAUGGGCAGUUUGCACACGACAGACCAUCAGAACUAAUUCACGGCUCAGGAUACCCGACAAAUUUUCGACGGCCAGGGUUUGGUUUUGAACAGGUGUCCUUGAUAGCCAGGGGAAAUAUUCAAACCAACGGUAGGUUAAAAAUUAUUUACAUUCGCGCUACAGGAACUUUCCUUGCACGCGGCGAAGAAACAGACUGGUCCAGCGAGAAGCCAAAGCGCAUGCGUACCAUCUUUACCGUCGAGCAACUCGAGCGCCUGGAACGAGAGUUUACGCGCCAACAGUACAUGGUGGGAGGUCAGCGGUUCUAUCUCUCCAAAGAGUUGGGUUUGACUGAGACGCAAGUCAAAGUUUGGUUUCAAAAUCGAAGAAUUAAAUGGAGGAAGCAGCUAAUUGAACAACAGAGGACCAAAGUUAGACAUCAGAAGGAACCAGGUGCGAACAUACAGACGGAAACCAGCUGCCCUUGAUUGCUGAUCAUGAAUUUCAGAAGAAGAAAUUGUUCCAGGCGAAUUUCGAAAUUAGUUAAUUGUUGUCCAGUGUGACUCACAGAAACGGGAUAAGAAGUUCAUUUAGCUGAGUAUACCUUUUCACACAUAAAUCACCCUCAUUAUUCACUGAGGUAAAUAAAAUCAAGUCCGUUUAUACUUGACCAUUAAACACUACCAUGUUUGACGAGUAAAUGCCGUGAACAAUUGCAUUGCAGAAAUACUUCUUAAUACACCAGUUAUCGAUAUCGAAACUUUUUGUUAUAUCGAAACGACAGCAAUAGUAAACCGAAGAGAACCAACAAGGAGAUAGAUGACGAAUUCUUCUGACUUGUCUCAGUGCAGGUCACGUCUCCAAGAGUUCUUGUGGUCGCUGGUUCCUGGCGGUACUCUCCAUUGGGCUCAUAGCUCGUCCUCCACAUCAUUUUCUUUCAGCAGUUUCAGUUUGUCUAUUUUUCGCAGUACCUUUCGAUCGGCGUACUCGCUUAGGCGCUCACCUUGGGGAAAAGACAUUUUGUGUAUGUUAUUUCGUCUCAGGAAACACAAAAACUGCGCCAGACUCUUUUCGUUUAGUAUAAAUCUACUAGCGGUCUAUCACGAAUGCUGUUCUCUGAUUGGCUUCGUUGCUUACUAUCUAUCCUGUUGUAGAUAGCCUAACGGUGAGCGGUUGUCAACAAAAUGGCGGCCGCUUCCUUACAUUUUCUGAACGACUAGUAGAUUCAUACUAAAACAAUUAGAUUAUUCUCUCUCGAUUUCUACACGUGACAGAAGAAAAGCCCGAGUGUAUGAACCUACAGUUUUUGAAGUCUGUCACAAAAGGUACUUAUAUUAUUCAUUGGCAAUUUAGGCUACGUAGGUUCUUU